CAGCCUCACUUGUUCUUCUCAUUCUUUGUUGUGGAGUUCAUCGAUUGAGUUUUGUUACCGGCGUUUAUGGCCGUCGAUUUUCUAGGAUUCUCCAAGAUGGACGAGCAGAUGGCUAUCCAGGAAGCCGCAUCGGCCGGUUUGAAGAGCAUGGAGCACCUGAUCCUCCUCUUGAAUCAUCACCAUCCUCAAUCUCAGCAAAUCAACCACUUCGAUUGCAGAGAAAUCACCGAUUUCACAGUUUCCAAGUUCAAGCAAGUCAUUUCCAUCCUGAACCGGACCGGCCACGCCCGGUUCCGUCGCGGUCCGGUUACUUCUUCUCCUUCUCAGUCUCCUUAUGACUUGUCUAAUAAAUCGGAAUUGCCCAAACCGGUUGAGUCAAGCCCAUUUCAUUCGAACCUGAUUCUAUCUGCGAAGCCUGAUCCGCUCAAAUCGGAAGGCAACGCUAGCGUGUCGUCGACGACUUCGUCUUUCUUGUCGUCGAUCACCGGAGACGGCAGCGUGUCGAACGGAAAAUUAGGGACUCCUCUGUUCGCACCUCCUCCGGCUCCGGCGGUUUCCGCCGGUAAACCGCCUCUUUCGUCGUCUCAACGGAGGAAAUGUCAUGAGCAUGGAUCCUCCGACAACAUCUCCGGAAAACUCUCUGUUUCCGGCCGCUGCCAUUGCUCGAAAAGAAGGAAAAAUCGUGUGAAGAGGACGAUCAGAGUUCCUGCGAUAAGCUCGAAGAUCGCCGAUAUUCCCGCCGACGAGUACUCUUGGAGAAAGUACGGUCAGAAGCCGAUCAAGGGCUCACCAUACCCACGAGGCUACUACAAAUGUAGCAGCGUGAGAGGCUGCCCAGCGAGAAAACACGUGGAGCGCGCACCAGACGAUCCGGCGAUGCUCAUCGUCACCUACGAGGGAGAGCACCGCCACUCUCAAACUCCGGCACCGGCCGGUGGGCUCAUGUUCCCAUCAACCUGACGAUCCUCCCCUGCCCCCAAUCCAGGAUCGGCUGUCAGGGAGCAAGUUGUCACAGCCAGGUGGCCAUAGAUUCCCCGGGGCACAAAAGUCAAAGAAGAGUCAAACUUACUGUUCGGGAGAAUAGUGUACAAAAGAAAAGAAAAUUCAAAAAUCAAUGUCUAGAAAUGAAUUAUUAUUUUUCCCUCUUUCGGUAUUAAA